GGAAGAAGAGACUGGAGGGGGGAACAGGGGUUUAGGGCGGAGGGAGGGGAACAGGUGGUAAGGAAAGGAGAGGGCAGUAUAAUGACGAAGGACCUGAAUCAUGAGAGGGAUGGUCUAAAUGUGGAUUAUGCAGGUGAUGGACGGAGAUCAAUGAAGAGAGAAAGAGCGACGGACAGAGGAAGACCAGGUCCGCUGAGGCCACGUCGAGUGUUGGAGGAGGAGCUCGAAGGGGAUCCCAACGGAGGAGAGAAAGGCGUGGAGAAAAGAGGGAAGAGAGGGGCGAUGGACACAGGGCAAGGAGAAAAGACGAGGAGGAAAAUCGGAUUGGUGUCAAAGAAGCUGCCAAUCAAGAAGAAGGAGGUAGACGAUGUUCUUGGUGGAGAGGACGCAUGGAAGAACGUCGACAAAACAGAUGUGACGUGCCCCAAGUGCACGUAUGGACAAGCUUUCUUCAUGCAAAUUCAGAUCCGAUCAGCCGAUGAGCCGAUGUCGACAUUUUACAAGUGCUGUAACAUGCAGUGUCAAUUCAGAUGGAGAGAAGGAUGACGGAUGAAGUUUGCUGUUUUUCUCCCUACGCUUGUGCUUUUCUCUGUACAUACGCCGGACUCUGCAGAAGAUUAAUGUUUGAGGGCGUCAAAAUUGCCGUUUGUUUGAGAGAGUUACGCAGUGUUGUCAGCUUUCUCAGGUGAAUCAGAUAGAAAUAACUUCAUACAAACAUAUGUGAUAUAUAUCUGAAUGGAUAAAUGUCACUGGUGCUG